AUGGGACAGACAGACACGAAAAGAGUAUCGCUCCAAGAGAAAAACUCUCGCAUACUAACGUUGCUACCGAGCUUAGCGUCAGGUCUUCUUCGGCGCCAGAGAUACGUAGAUAAAAUAUAUGGGUAUAUAGAUGACUUGGUGGGCCAGAAUGAGGACAAGAGUCUAGUGGAGCUACGAGAGGCAAUUGAGAAGAUGGAUAAGGAAGGAAGCCUUUGGGAUAAAGACGACGUCACGGUUGAUCCCAAUAAGACGAUUCUUUUGACUUAUGCUUUUGGCGACAUGUACACAAAGGCAUUGGCGAUGGCUACUAGUGGAAACAUACGAGCAGAUGUAUUGACGGCAAAGCCUGUGGAAGAGGAACAACUCAAAGAGAUUGUUGCUGCUUAUUUUAACGGAAAACUGGAAAAAGGAACACAGCCUGUGUUUCUUCGAGUCUACAGUGAUGUUCAGUCACAAGAAGUGCCCGAGAAAGAAGCAAACCACUGGCUUGAGCUACGGCGUAUGCUUGCGGAAGUGGGGCUUCUUCUAGUACUUGAAACAAAGAAGAUAGAGGCUUUAACAGAGAAACCAGAGGAAAAGGAAAGAAAGUGGCCGCUGGGACACUCCACAAGCGUGGAUCCAUACAACUGGUACUGUUCAAGCGACGAGUUCUUGGAUAGUUGUGACGGAACCUUCCCUGAAAUCCCCAUAACCGAUAUUCUCCAACACUACGAGAAAAACGAAGAAAACGAACUUCUUUUUGACUUUCUCCUCAAACGAAAACCCAAGGUCCAUGCGAAUGAACUUCCAAUUUGCACCCAAUUGUUAGCAGUACUUAUCGCUGCCUACAACUACGAAAGCGUCCCCAUACGAAAAGAACAAAUCAGCGAGCCCUGGCAGAUCCUCGAAGCCGUCAAUAUAAGCUAA